AUAACAUAGAGAGAAAAACUUGCGACCUUUUUCACAAAAGGAAAAAGAAAAGAAUUCAUGGUUAACAAUCCAAACCUCGCUAAUUCUAUUCAGAUUUGAGAUACAUUACUUUACUCCAUUUCAAUUUUUUCAUCUUCCAAAACCAUGGUAAAACUCAGGCACUCUCGCGCGGCACUUCACAAGCCAUCACUAUCAACGAUACAGACAUUGUUCUUCAUCUUAUUUGUCACAUUCACAAUCUUCAUUCUCAUUCUCUUAACUCUCCGUAUCCCUAAGUUCAACCACCUCAACGCCAUCUCUCGUAACACUCUCAGAAGCGAAGACCAAGACGAUGACAAUAAGAGUUGGGUUGAAAUCAUAUCGUGGGAACCUAGAGCAUUUUUCUAUCAUCAUUUUCUGACAAUAGAGGAAUGUGAACAUCUAAUCAAUAUAGCCAAGCCUAAUAUGGGUAAGUCUCUUGUAGUUCAAUCUGAUAAGAAUGGAACUGUGCAGAAUGUCUACAGCCGUGUACGGACAAGCACCGGAACUUUUCUCCUUAGAGGACAAGAUAAAAUUGUGAGGAAUAUUGAGAAAAGAAUCGCUGAUUUUACUUUUAUACCUGUAGAGCAUGGUGAAGAUCUUCAAAUUCUCCAUUAUGAAGUUGGACAAGAGUAUGUACCUCAUCAUGACUACUUUACAGAUGAGUAUAACCUUUGGAAUGGGGGUAACCGUAUAGCAACAAUGCUGAUGUACCUUUCAGAUGUUGAAGAAGGCGGUGAGACAGUUUUCCCAGCUGCCAAGGUAAAUUUUAGCUCAGUUCCUUGGUGGAAUGAACUUUCUGAUUGUGGAAAAAAAGGACUUUCAAUUAAGCCAAAAAUGGGUGAUGCUAUACUUUUCUGGGGCAUGAAGCCUAAUGGAACUUUAGAUCCAUCGAGUAUGCAUGGUUCAUGUCCUGUGAUCAAGGGUGAUAAGUGGUCAGCUACCAAAUGGCUGCAUAUGGGUGAAGUAAAAACAUUUUCAUUUUCGUAGGAUGAAUUUUUGCUGUGCUGAUAAUAUCCAUAUACUAUGUCUCGAGUAACAUUAACAGCAUUGUUUUGAUAUUUUAUACCUUAGAUAAAUAAGUUUAAAUCUGUGUUUGAAUAAAAAUUAGAUUUGAAAUAUCUAC